AACAUUAUUAUUAUAUGUUCACUCAUUUGUCUUGUUUUCUUUUUUUCUUCUAGACCCAAAUUAUGUCUUGUUUUCUAAAGAGGUACUACAAUACGUUAAAAUUAGAAAGCAUAUGGAAAAACAUCGUUCUCUCUAACAUCAUAUAUUAUCGAUUAGUAGGAAGCAAAGUUAGCUUAACCACAUUAAUAUAUUAAUGUAAAGUAUAGACUAUAGGCUAGCUAGAAAAACGUACACAUUAAUUUUACUUUGAAAUAAGAAAGUAAAAAAGAUAUGGCUGGAGCAGCUCUAGGAGAAAGAACAUUGAAGGAAACACCAACAUGGGCUGUGGCUGCCGUUUGUGCAGUGUUCAUCAUCAUCUCUGUAUUAAUUGAAUAUGGAAUUCAUUCACUUGAAAAGUGGUUUCACAAAAAACACAAGAAGGCCAUGAGUGAAGCCUUGGAGAAAAUAAAAGCAGAAUUAAUGCUAUUAGGAUUCAUAUCCUUGUUACUUACAUUUGGUACAAAAUAUAUUGCAAAGAUAUGCAUCCCAGUGAAGUUAGGUGAUAGCAUGCUUCCAUGUAAGAAAGAGAGAGUGGAAGAAGAUUCAAAAGAUGAUAGGAGGAGGUUACUUUCUUUUGAUGAUGAUAAUUUGGUAUGGAGGAGAAGUUUGGCAGCAGCAGCUGGUGGUGAUGACUAUUGCUCAAAUAAAAAUGAGGUGCCUUUAAUAUCUCAAUCAGGGGUGCACCAAUUGCAUAUAUUUAUAUUCGUGCUGGCAGUUUUUCACAUUUUCUACAGCGUCAUGACUAUGGUACUAGCCCGAGCAAAAAUGCAGAAAUGGAAAGCUUGGGAAAUGGAAACUUCCUCUGUGGAGUACCAAUUUACACAUGAUCCUGCAAGGUUCAGAUUUGCGCAUCAAACUACAUUUGUGAAGCGUCACUCAGGCUGGUCUAGGAAGCCAGGAAUACGAUGGAUAGUGGCAUUCUUCAGACAAUUCUUUGCGUCUGUCAGUAAGGUGGAUUACAUGACUAUGCGUCAUGGAUUUAUUAAUGCACAUUUUGCUCCAGAUAGUAAAUUUGACUUCCAUAAAUACAUCAAAAGAUCAAUGGAGGACGAUUUUAAAGUGGUUGUUGGUAUAAGUAUUCCAUUAUGGGCAUUUGCGAUUAUCUUUCUGCUUAUGAAUGUUUACAGUUGGUACACACUCACUUGGUUGUCAUUGGCGCCACUAGUGAUACUUCUAUUAGUGGGGACUAAGCUUGAACUCAUAAUAAUGGAAAUGGCCCAAGAAAUCCAAGAUCGAACUACAAUUGUAAGAGGUGUACCCGUUGUAGAGCCCAACAACAAGUAUUUUUGGUUUAAUCGACCCCAUUGGAUCAUCUUCUUGAUUCAUUUUACCUUAUUCCAGAAUGCUUUCCAAAUAGCCUAUUUCUUGUGGACGUGGUAUGAGUUUACGAUCACAUCUUGCUUCCAUGAAAACUUGCCACUAAUAGUCACAAGGGUUGUCCUUGGGCUAGCCUUACAAGUCCUAUGCAGUUACAUAACGUUUCCUCUCUAUGCACUAGUCACACAGAUGGGAUCACACAUGAAGAGAGGAAUAUUUGAGGAGCAAACAACAAAAGCACUUAAGAAAUGGCAAAAGAGUGCAAGAGAUAAGAGGAAGUUAAGGAAAGCAGGAGGAGGAGGAUCAAUAGAUGUUCCUUCAGUGAGUGGAGAAACAACACCAAGUCAAGGAACAUCACCUAUGCACUUGCUUCACAAAUUCAAACCUAGUAGCCACACAGACACAGAUAGUGUUCUCUAUUCUCCAAGAUCAUACCAAUCUGAUCAAACUGACUUUUCAGACACAGAGGGAUCUACACACCGAUUGAAUCUGGAUCAAAUCAUGUCACAACCACAACACAAUCCACCAGGGAAUCAAUUAACUCAUAAUAUUGAUUUUUCCUUUGAUAAGCCUUAACCUUAAACUUAAUUAAGGAUGGACUAUUUUUACCAACUUGUGGCUUCAACUCAAACACAAUUAAGAUUAAUGAAUGUUGUGUUCAGAGUUUAA